ACGACACAAGUUGCAGUCUCUUGCUCUUUGCCUCACUCCUUCUAUUCACAAAUUUCUGCAAAAAAUUAGGGUUUCGACACAGUAAGAUGGGAGGGAAGAAGGCAAAGAAAGCGAUGCAGAAGAGUUUGAAAAGGGUCACUGCUGCUAAACCCUCUGAUGGUCCUGAUUUUUUGCCCUUGGAAGGUGGUCCUGCUCGGAAACUUCCCGUGCAGACACCGUUGGAGAAUAAAGGCACCGUCUUGUAUGUCGGUCGGAUCCCACAUGGGUUCUAUGAGAAGGAGAUUGAAGGUUAUUUUGGACAAUUUGGAACCAUCAAGAGGUUGAGAAUUGCCAGAAACAAAAAGACUGGAAAAUCAAGACAUUUUGGGUUCAUAGAAUUUGAAUCUGCUGAGGUAGCAAAAAUUGUAGCUGAUACUAUGCACAAUUAUCUACUAUUUGCGCACCUUCUCCAGGUUCAUGUGAUGCCUCCAGAGCAGGUUCAUCCAAACUUAUGGAGAGGGUUCAAUUACCGUUACAAGCCAUUGGACUCUGUCGAAAUUCAGCGAGAGCAACAUGACAAGGAAAGAACAUUGGAAGAGCACAGAAAGUUAGUUGAAAAGAUUGUGAGUCGUGAUAAAAAACGUCGUAAGAAGAUAGAGGAAGCUGGCAUUGAUUAUGAAUGCCCUGAGAUUGUGGGUAACAUCCAGCCAGCUCCAAAGAAAUUAAAGUUUGAAGACUGAGUAGGUAUAACCCUUUGUGAAAGGGAGGCCUCUUCACCUCGGCUUAUGUUGUGUUCCCACCAGUUGUGUGCAUGCUAAAUGUAUCAUGAAAGCUGAUGAUUCUAGAGUGUCCUGAGUUUAUAGAUAGCGCGUUUUGUUACCUUCUCUUAGAUGUGUUCGAAAGCUGAUGUUCUACCAUGUUGUGAGCGACACUAGAGAGACUGUUGUUUUAGGAUGAAGUACUAGCAAUGACUUGCAAGGGCAAGAGCUUCCAAUUUUGAGUCUUCCGAAACCUUCUAUUCUGAUGAACAUUUAUAGAAGUAUUAUCCACUUCGUAUAUUCAUCAGUGUUUAUUGCAGUUAUCGCCUAAAGUGUAUUAUUUAUUUAAAAUGAAAUUCCCAAUAGUUUGACCAAA